AGAAUUCAUCAACCAGAUUGACAUGAAAGGUCUGGAAGUUGAAGAGGCAUUACGAAAAAUGAUGGGCCAUAUUCAUCCCGAUGGUGAGGCGCAGAAAAUCUCCUCACUUAUGCGAACCUUCCAGGAGGCAUACAUUCGUCAGAAUCCGGAAAAGGCAGGUCAAGAGUUUCACGACCCGGAGACAAUUGAAACACUCGCCUAUUCCAUUUUGAUGCUCCAUACAGAUCUUUACAACCCGAAUGUAAAGCGGCAUGGUCGUCGCAUGACGGUGGGUGACUUCAUUAAGAAUAAUCAGGGAAUCGACGGAGGAAGGGACCUCCCGAACGAACGUUUGGCGAGCAUCUACUCGCGCAUUGAAGCCGCCGAGUUCAAGACUCUUCCUGAUCUGACCGAUAAAUUACGCUACAUUGACCGCCUCCUCAUAGGACCGCUCAAGCCAGAGACAUUUGUCCAAAGAUACAGAAGGUUCAUCGGUUGGACAUUUGCGCAAGAGGUGAGCGAAGAGCUUCUUGUCUCCAAGAGGUCAAUAGAGUUGAAUCCCGACGAUGACAUAAUUGCUGGUAAGAAAAGGUAA